AUGGCCUUUUCCUCCACUUCAUCCAUUCACAAGAGCUUUAAGUAUGAUGUGUUUUUGAGCUUUAGGGGUGAAGAUACCCGUAAGAACUUCAUUGAUCAUCUUUAUUCUGCUCUUCAGCAGAAGGGCAUUGACACUUACAAGGACGACGAGAGAAUCGAUAAAGGGAAAAGGAUCAGUGAUGAGCUCAUGGGAUCCAUCGAAGACUCAAAGUUCUUUAUCAUUGUCUUGUCCAAGAAUUAUGCAUCUUCAUCUUGGUGUUUGAAUGAGCUUCUAAAGAUAAUGGAGUGUCACAAGACAACCACACAUAUUGUUUACCCCGUCUUCUAUUAUGUGGAACCCUCCGAAGUCCGCAAUCAAAUCGGGGAAUUUGGAGAAGCCUUUGCCAAACAUGAAAAUGAAGAGGCUGCUGGGAAAUGGAGAAAGGCUUUGAAAGAAGCAGCUGAUGUGGCCGGUUGGGAGUUGAAGAACACUGCUGAUGGGCAUGAAGCUAAAGUCAUUCAACAAAUUGUUGAAAAGCUUUCACUAGAGUUGCGUUCCAUUAAUGUCCGCAUUGAUGAAAACUUAGUAGGCAUGAAGGCCCGGAUCAACAAUAUUGUAUCAUCAUUAGGAACUGCUCCUGAUGAUGUUAGUAUGAUUGGGAUCUGGGGGAUAGGAGGUGGUGGGAAGACAACACUGGCCAGAGCUAUUUUUAAUACAAUAUCUUUUCAGUUUGAAGGUAAAAGCUUCAUUGAGAAUGUCAGGGAAGUUUCCAACGCUUCCUUGUCCGGUUUAAAGUCGUUGCAAAAGCAAAUUCUUUCAGAUGUCUUGAAUGAUCAAGGAAUCAACGUAAGUAGUGAAAAUGAGGGGGAAAACAUGAUGUGGAGGAUGAUGCGUGGUAGAAAGGUUCUUCUUGUUCUAGAUGAUGUGGAUUGUAUGGAACAAUUACAGGCGUUAGCGGGUGACCCUAGUUGGUUUAAGCCGGGAAAUACGGAAGGAAUUUGCCUCUUCAAUAGGUAUGCAUUUGGGAGAGAAAUUCCCAUUCAAGGGUACGAAGAGCUAUCAAGACAAGUUCUACGUUAUGCUGCUGGUCUUCCCUUGACCAUCAAAGUUUUGGGUUCUUUUCUUUGUGGUAAAAAUUACAAGGAAAUAUUUCUAGAUGUUGCAACCAUACUGAAAGGUUGGCCGAAAGACUUAGUAAUCAAAGCACUUGAAAGCUGUGGAUUUCAUGCUAGAAUUUGUUUAAGGGUUCUUGAGCAAAAAUCUCUUAUUACUUUUAAUGAUAAAUCUGAUGUUGGUGAGUGUGUAGGCAUGCAUGACCAUAUUGAAGAAAUGGGCAGGAAUAUUGUUCGUCGUUCCCACCCGGAUAUGCCUUACAAACAUAGCCGAUUGUGGAUUGAUGACGAGAUUGAAGAUAUAUUGGCUAAUGACUUGGGUACUAAAGCAACAAGAUGUAUAAAAUUUUACAAGGAGAGACUAAAUCCGGAAAUUGUUAUGAAAGGUCUUAGAAAGAUGAAAGAACUUCGGUAUCUUUAUGUGGCUCAGCAAAGUCUUUACUCGAAUAGGGCUAAACGGAACCCAAAUUGUCUAAAUGAUUUUGGGUUACUGUGUUGUAAUAAAGUUAGUCCAUACUUCCCAGAUGCUUUACAAUAUCUGCAUUGGAACAAUUACCCUUUUGGGUCUUUACCCAAAACAUUUCAAGCAAAUAAUCUUGUUGCACUUGAGAUGAUCAACAGCAAGAUCGUGCAACUUUGGGAAGGGGGAGAAAGAAAGGCUCUCAAAAAGCUCAGAUUCCUAGGCCUCAGUGGUCCAAAGUUGAGGACCUUUGACCUUGGGCUAACUCCAAAUCUCGAGACAUUGACUCUUGGAGGACUAGGUGAUUUGGUAGAACUUAAAAUUCCCCUUGAAUGUCAAAAACUCAGAUCCCUCAAACUUUAUUGUGCAAAGUUAAGGCCGUUUGACCUUUGGCUGACUCCAAAUCUCGAGGAGUUGUUUCUUGAAGGUGGUGAUAUGGUAGAAUUUCACAUGCCCCCGAGGUGUCUAAAUCUCACAUCCCUUAAUCUCAAAUAUUUAAAGUUGAGGACACUUGACAUUGGGCUGACUCCGAAUCUUGAGAAUUUAUCUGUUAUGCAUUGCUAUGAUUUGGAAGAAAUUCACAUGGCCAAUGAAUGUGUGAAGCUCAGAUCCGUCUACCUUGAAGGUCCAAAGCUGAGGACCGUUGACCUUGGGCCGACUCCAAAUCUUAAGAGAAUGGAUCUUCAUGGAAGCAAAGAUUUGGAAGAAUUUCACAUUCCCGAAUGCCCAAUACUCACACACAUCAGCAUGAGCUAUUCAAAGUUGAGAAUCAUUGACCUCAGGCUGGUUCCUAAUCUCAAUAUGUUGUUUCUUGUAAGCUGCAAAGAUUUGGUAGAACUUCACCUAGCCGAUGAAUGUCAAGAGCUUGAAUCCCUCACCGUUAUGCAUUCAAAGUUGAGGACCCUUGACCUUGGGCUGACUCCAAAUAUCAAGAUGCUGAAUCUUGAAGGGUCAUAUAACUUGUUAGAACUUCAUGCUCCCAUUGGAUGUCUAAAAAAUCUUGUCCGCUUAGACUUAAGUGGCUUUUUGGGGUUUAGAUCUUUUUCGUUUCGCUUAAAUGAUAAUACUUCUGGUAUAGUGAACAAAUCACUUAAGGUUCGUCCUUUAGCUGAGUUACAUUUCACCCUAAAAACCUGCCCAUUUCACCCAGACAAUAAUUUGCUGAAGUUUGAGUUUACAUGUUUUCAUAAAGACGACAUACCUCCAUUGAUUAGAAGUCUCACGAAGCUCAUUUCUGGAGGUGCGUGUGCUUGCACAAAACUUCCGAGGUUUUCAAGAAGCAUUGGUAGGUUACGACGUUAAAGAAAGCUUAAUUAAAGUACUCAAAGGUGGUAUUAAUUCCAUAGGUACCCAAGAGGAGCUAAGUUUAUUGUCUACAUCUUCCAGAUAGGUUUUGCAUUUUGAAACAUCUAGAAUCUCUGAAACCUAAUUAAGUCUUGUUGGCUUUUUGAGAAGUUACCUGAUUUGAGAUGUUUAGAGCAGCAAAGAUAUAUUUUUUAUGUUGGAACAUGUCAAGAGGGCUUAUUCAGUUGUAUGAUCUUACAUCCACAGCAAGCACCCACAACUGGAGCUGUUCUACUAGGUAAU